UUCAGCUUAAACCCCAAAAACCUCAAAAAGCAUCUCAAAAUCCCCGAAACAAUGAGAGGAGGCAGCGCCUUUGGAAUCGGCAGAAAGCUCUCCAAUCCCAUUUCCCGUCAAACCCUAGCCUCAUUUUCUUCUUUCUCCAACGGCGGCGGUAGUGGCCGAGGCCGAGGCCGCGGCGGCCCCGCCCCUUCUCUCUUCAACUACCUCGCCGAACAGUUCCCUGAUGAUCAACCCGACUCCGAAUCCCCAACCCCCGACCACCUCGCACCUCUCCCCGGCGCCGGUCGGGGCCGCGGCCAACCCCUACCCCCAUCUCCGCCAGUCCCCGGUGCUUCCGCCAGUCGGGGCCAAGGAGGUCACGUGCCACCGCCGGGGGAGUCACGUGAGGAAGAUGAAUCGUCGGGUUUACCGAAGAAGCCUGUAUUCUUCAGACGGGAAGAUUUGCCGGCGGAUUUGACGCCGACGAUGGGCGGAACCGGGCGGGGGAAUCCGGUAAUGGACCGGGCGCGGCGAGAGGCGGAGGAGAAGAUGCACAUUGGGGCUCCGGCGAGGGAGCCGCCGCGGAUGAGAUUGAGCCGGGAAGAGGCGGUGAAUAAGGCGAGGGGGAUAUUGGAGAAGGGCGGCGGCGAGGGACCGGAGGAUGGCGGCGGUGGUUGGAGAGGGGGAGGAGAGAGAGGGAUGAGAGGGAGAGGAGGAGUGAGAGGGAGAGGGAGAGGGAGAGGGAGAGGAAGGGGAGAUGGAGAUUGGAGAAGGGGAGAGGAAGAGGCCGGCGGCGUUGCGACGGGGCUCUAUCUUGGGGACAAGGCUGAUGGGGAGAAGUUUGCUCAGAGAGUUGGUCCUGAAGUUAUGAAUCAGUUGAAUGAAGCAUUUGAUGAUAUGAGUACUAGGGUACUUCCGUCGCCUCUGGAUGACGCGUAUGUUGAUGCAUUGCAUACCAAUUGUAUGAUUGAGUUUGAGCCGGAGUAUCUUAUGGGGGAGUUUAAUCAGAACCCUGACAUCGAUGAAAAGCCGCCUCUUCCAAUCAGGGAUGCACUCGAGAAGAUGAAACCUUUCUUGAUGACAUAUGAGGGUAUUCAGGGUCAAGAGGAGUGGGAGGAAGCCAUGAAAGAGACAAUGGAAAGAGUUCCAUUGUUGAAGGAAAUUAUCGAUCACUACAGCGGACCAGAUAGAGUGACAGCAACGAAACAACAGGAAGAGUUGGAAAGGGUUGCCAAAACUCUUCCUGCGAAGGUACCUGAUUCUGUAAAGCAGUUCACUGAUCGUGCAGUGCUUUCUCUCCAGGGAAACCCUGGCUGGGGAUUUCACAGGAAAUGCCAGUUCAUGGAUAAGCUAACGCAAAAGGUUGCUAAGCACUACAAGUGACCAUGGAUGCUCGUCUCCAAAUUCGUAAUAUCAAAUAUGAUCAUUGUCCAAGCUCAUAAUGCAGAAAAGAAGUGGCCGUUGAUGCUUUAAACGUUUCAGUUCAAGUUGUGCCUCAACAUUUUGUGCUUGUACCGUUGUUACAAUAGAUAAGUUCUCUUAAAAUUGUUUUCAGCUACGAUCAAAGAAGAAUCAUAUCAAUUGUUCGUAAUAAUCUGCUAUCUUUGCACCAUGGCACUAGUGAAAUCAUUUCCAGGCAA